AUGAUAACAGGGUUCUUGCUGAUCGGAGCUGGCUUGGCCCUGGCGUAUCGAAGAUUAAAGAAAGCAGAAUCGGCUGUUCAAAAUCCCACAAGGCUGCCCGCUGGGAUUGAAACGAUGGGACGAGUCGUGAGUUCUCAAAAUGGGCUCAUUGAGUGCAGCACAGAUAAGCUCUUGGAGAAGCUUGCGGCUGCUGUGAACACUCAGAAUAAGACCUCUGAGCACAAAUUGGAUUGCAUCUUGGAGAAGCACACUGCGGUCGUGAGUUCUCAGAAUCUGCUCUUUGAGCACAAGAAUGACAACAUCACGGAGUUAAAAACCACCAUCACUUCAUGCGGCUACCACUUCGGCGCCAGCGGUGGUCUCAAGUUGGUUCUUGGACCACACCAGACAGACAGCAACUUUACCUUCACCAAGAGAGCACCGCCUCAUGCCCGAAGAGCCCACGAGGUUUCUUCACAGCAGAAGAACUCUGUGUUUCAGUCCAGGAGUCUAACUCAGCACACCAAGCUGCCCCGUAACCCCUUCAUCCCUCUUUCAAAGCAGGGAUUUUGGGAAAUACUUGGAGGAAACUCGCAGCCGCACUCCAACCCAUCAUUAAAGAUAAAGCUUCAGCCCAUCAUGAAAGUUCAUGGAACAUCUAAAUGGUCCGGGACCUUCAUCUGGGGGGACUUUUAUUCAAAUAUAAAGACAGUCAAACUGAAUUUGCUGAUAUUGGGGAAGAUUGUGGAUCAUGGGAACGGGUCUCUCGGCGUCUUCUUCCGCCACAACUCCACGGGGGUAGGCAACGUCUCCGUCAGCCUCGUGCCACCGACGAAAGAGGUGGAGUUCGACUUGGAGCGCCAAAGCGUGAUCCACCCCAAAGAUUCAAAGACGUUCAACUGCAGAGUGGACUCCGAGAAAACCGAACGCAACAAGAAGGUGAUGCUGUGCAACUACGACCCAUCAAAGACAUGUGAUCAGGAGCACACCCAGAGCCACGUCACCUGGAUGUGCUCCAGACCUUUCCAGGUCAUCUGCAUCUACGUGUCUUUCUACAGCACAGACUACAGACUGGUUCAGAAAGUCUGCCCGGACUAUAGCCUGCAGAGUCCAGCCUACCUGCCUGCAGGUUAAAGGACACUGGAGAGUGAUGUCUCAGCAAGCCUCUAUAGAGAAAUCCAGUUAGUGCAGCUAUGAGCCAGUCUGAUGGAUCAUUUUGGAGGUUCUUGAAGAGAUUCGGUUAAAAA